AUGGCUGACCCCACCGGUCUCAUCGCCAACUCCGGCAUCGAGCUCUUGACCUUUGGCACCCCCAACGGUGUCAAGGCCUCCAUCCUCCUCGAGGAGCUCAAGGAAGCGUACGGCAAAGACUACACCGUGCAGACGGUCCACAUCGGCAAGAACAUCCAGAAACAGCCGUGGUUCACCGCCAUCAACCCCAACGGGCGCAUCCCGGCCAUCGUCGACCACGACCGCAACGGCUUCGCCGUCUUCGAGGGCCUGCCCAUCCUGACCUACCUCGUCCGCCACUACGACCCCGAGCACCGCUUCAGCUUCCCCAUCGACUCGGACGACUACUCCGUGGCAGAGCAGUGGAUCGCCUGGCAGCACGGCGGGCUGGGGCCCAUGCAAGGCCAAGCCAACCACUUCGUGCGCGCCGCGGCCGAGAAGAUCCCGUACCCGAUCCAGCGCUACGUGGGCGAGUCGGAGCGGCUGUACGGCGUGCUGGACGCGCGGCUGGCGGACCGCGACUGGGUGGCCGGCGCCGGCCGGGGCAGGUACAGCAUCGCCGACAUCAGCCUGGUCGGGUGGGUCAACGCCGCCCUCUACUCCGGGCUCGACCUGGCCGGCCAGUUCCCCAACGUCCGCGCGUGGCUCGACCGCGUGCUCGCGCGCCCGGCCGUGCAGAAGGGGUUUCUUGUUCCUGGUGGCGAGCCGUGGCGCAUCUCGGCUGCGAGUUUGGAGGCGGCGUUGAGGGGGGAGGAGGGGUUGGAGGAUUUGAAGACGUCGGUUGAGGAGGCGCGGAAGGUGGUCGCGGAUGCGAAGGAGCAGUAUGGGUAUAACACCAUGAAGCGGAAACUGGACAGCAAAGACGAGCCCGUCGAGGCCACGUCUAAACCCGAACCCAAGCCUGCCAAAGCCGAGAAACAAUCCGAAGCGGCCGAACCCUCCUUCGCCGAACUUGGCCUCGAUCCGCGUCUCGUGCAGGCCGUCGCAAAGCAGAGCUUCGAAAAGCCGACCCUCGUCCAACGCAAGGCCAUCCCGCUCGCCAUACAAGGACAAGAUGUGCUGUGCAAAGCCAAGACAGGAUCGGGGAAGACAGCCGCCUACGUACUUCCAGUGCUCUCCGCCAUCCUGAAGCGCAAGUCUACGGAUCCAGCCCCGUUUACCGCCGGCCUCAUCCUCGUCCCGACCCGCGAGCUCGCCGACCAAGUCUUCAAAGCCAUCGAGCAGUUCUCAGCCUACUGCGCCAAGGACAUACACGCCGCCAAGCUGACCGACAACGUGUCGGACGCCGUGCAGCGCUCGCUCCUCGCCAACGUUCCGGACGUCGUCGUGUCGACGCCCGCGCGAGCGUGGCACAGCGCCAGCUCGUCGGCGCUCUCGCUGGCCAAGCUGCAGUACCUGGUGCUGGACGAGGCCGACCUGGUGCUGUCGUACGGCUACGACGAGGACAUGGAGAACAUCGCGCGCUCGCUGCCCAAGGGCGUGCAGACCACCAUGAUGAGCGCCACGCUGUCGGCCGAGCUGGACACGCUCAAGGGCAUCUUCUGCCGCAACCCGACCGUGCUGGACCUGCAGGAGGAGUUCGGCGCCGAGGACGAGAAGCUGACGCAGUUUUACGUCAAGUGCGCCGAGGACGACAAGUGGCUGGUCUCGUAUCUUGUCUUUAAGCUGCAGCUGAUCAAGGGGCCGUGUCUGAUUUUUGUUGCGGAUAUCGAUCGGUCGUACCGGUUGAAGCUUUUUUUCGAACAAUUCAGCAUUAGGAGUUGUGUGUUGAACUCGGAACUCCCGAUCAAUACUCGGAUCAAGAUUAUCGAAGAAUUCAACAGGGGUAUCUACGACAUUAUCAUUGCCUCGGACGAGAAGAGCGAACUGUUCGGGGACGAAGGCGCGGAUGCGGAAGUGGAAAAGAAGGAGCCGAAGAAGAAGUCGAAUGGUGAGGAGGACAGCGCAGAGCAACCGAAAAAGAAACGGAGACAGAAGAAGGACGAGGAAUACGGCGUAUCACGAGGACGCACCGCUCGAGCCGGCCGUGCCGGUAUCGCGCUCUCCUUCGUCAUCCCCAAGGAAUUUUACGGCAAGCACAGGCCAACCACGAUCAAAAGCUCUGAGAAGGAUGAAAAGGUCUUGGCCAAGGUCACCAGGCAACAGGAAAAGCUGGGCCGGAAACUGGAGCCCUACAACUUUAACAAGUCACAAAUGGAGGCCUUCCGGUACCGCAUGAAUGAUGCGUUGCGUGCCGUCACAAAGGUGGCUAUCCGGGAAGCUAGGACGAAAGAACUCCGGCAAGAGCUUCUGAGGAGUGAGACGUUGAAACGCUACUUCGAAGAAAACCCCACCGAACUCUCCCAUCUACGUCACGACGGAGAACUGGGUCGGACAACAAGACAACAACCCCAUCUGAAGCACGUGCCAGACUACCUACUCCCUAAAGACGGGAAGAAGGCGCUGGCGUCGGAGCACGUCGGAUUUGUGCCGUUCAAAAAGGAGGGGGGCAAGGAUAGGAAACAUAGGAAAGGGAAACCCAAGGGCCGGUCGUUUAGGGUGGGCGGAAAAAAGGAUCCGCUCAAGACCUUCAAGGUGCGGCGGAAGGCUAAAUGA